AUCUGACCAAAAGUUUAUUCCUAUUUCUUUACAUUAUUUCAUAAUAUUCUGUGCUUCAUCAUUUGAUUAUUUCUCAAUCUGAAUAACAGAAGAAAACUAUGCAAAAAUCGAAACGAAAUGCAAAAAAGAAAGCAGUAUCCACGAGAGAAAAAUCGGCGAGAUCUUCAAGAGGAACAAACAAGAGUCAGAGGAGUGCUAGAUCAAAAAUGGCGAAGCCAAGAACCGCAGAGACUCGAGAGGAUGCUUACAGUUGUCAUAGAACAAUGGAGGAAAAGAGUACAAAUCAACAAUAUUCAGCACUCAGUGUUAGAAGUGAAACGACUAGUAAAGUGAAGAAACUUCCGUCAAAGCUUGAUGCAUCAUUGUCUGCUCGGAAGAAGGGAAAGAAAGAAUCAAAUGAAGAGGAUAAAAAGAUGAGAGAUAGUGAAAGACAGAAGCGAGAAAAGAAAGAAGUUCCGAAAGAAAUGAGACAAUCAAUGAUGGGAAGUGUAUUCGAAGAAAUUGAAGGUCCCGUAUCUCCGGCACCACUUGAGAAGGAUGAAAAUAAGAUGGAAUGGAAAAUUGACGUGGAUCCUGUUGUGCUUACCGGAGAUCAACGGAUGUCGGAUGUUCUAGGAAAGAUGAAAGAUUUGAAAAAGAACUCUGGAUGGAAGAAAUGUAAGGUUCUGAAAGCAAACGAGAAAACUCCAGACAACGAUGAUGAACCAACUGAAGAAUCUAUUUAUUUGAGUGCAAGAGUCCUCCAGCUUGUCAAAAUGGAAUCAUUGAUCUCGAAAGAAGUAUCAAAAGAAGAUCAAGAGAUUCUUCGAGGUUACUGUAGAUCCAACGAUCAUAAGGACAAAGUGGAACCAAUUUUCGAGGCUAUUGCGGUGUCAAUUCUUGAGAAGGUUGCGUCGAAAAAUGAGUUUAUUCGGAACGUUUCGAUUCCUGGACAGUUGAGAAUGUUUGCAGUUGAUGAGAAUAAGUCAAAGUUUUCGACAAUGGCUCUUCUCAUUGUUCGAUGUGAUUUAUUCUACUACUCUUGGAAUAAGCCUGCAUUGGAUGAUGAAGAUCAAUUGGAUCCGACUUGGGCAAAUAUGACACGCCGUCCAAGUGUAACCCCUCCAGAUUCACAAUGAUCUAAUUGAACUUUUGAUUUCAAAAUUCUUAAAAGCUGUUUGAAAAUUUUGGAAACCAUUUA